UCUCAGUCAUCUCGGCCAGAAAGUUCCUGCUUCAGAGCAGAAGGUCUUCAGCAAGAACUACAAAGAAGAAAAGAUUCUGGAGAAUCAAUCAAGUUUCCUGUCAAGUUCCAGUAACAUUUCUGUCUUAACUGCACACAGGAAAGAUGAAACACAUUCUCAAUCUGUAUGAAAACAUCAACAGUACAGCAAGAAAUAACUCAGACUGUCCUGCUGUGAUUUUGCCAGAAGAGAUAUUUUUCACAGUAUCCAUUGUCGGAGUUUUGGAGAACCUGAUGGUCCUUCUGGCUGUUGCCAAGAAUAAGAGUCUUCAGUCACCCAUGUACUUUUUCAUCUGCAGCUUGGCUAUUUCUGAUAUGCUGGGCAGCCUGUACAAGAUUUUGGAAAAUGUUCUGAUCAUGUUCAGAAACAUGGGUUACCUCGAGCCUCGAGGCAGUUUUGAAAGCACAGCAGAUGAUGUGGUGGACUCCCUGUUUAUCCUCUCCCUCCUCGGCUCCAUCUGCAGCCUGUCUGUGAUCGCUGCUGACCGCUACGUCACAAUCUUCCACGCUCUGCAGUACCACCGCAUCGUGACCCCGCAUCGCGCCCUCGUCGUCCUGACAGUCCUCUGGGCAGGCUGCACGGGCAGUGGCAUCACCAUCGUGACCUUCUCCCAUCACGUCCCCACGGUGAUCGCCUUCACAGCGCUGUUCCCGCUGAUGCUGGCCUUCAUCCUGUGCCUCUACGUGCACAUGUUCCUGCUGGCCCGCUCCCACACCAGGAGGACCUCCUCCCUUCCCAGAGCCAACAUGAGAGGGGCCGUCACACUGACUGUCCUGCUCGGAGUCUUCAUUUUCUGUUGGGCACCCUUUGUCCUUCACGUCCUCUUGAUGACAUUCUGCCCGGCUGACCCCUACUGUGCCUGCUAUAUGUCCCUCUUCCAGGUGAAUGGUGUGUUGAUCAUGUGUAACGCCGUCAUCGACCCCUUCAUAUAUGCCUUUCGGAGCCCAGAGCUCAGGGUCGCAUUCAAAAAGAUGGUUAUCUGCAACUGGUACCAGUAGAAUGAUUGGUCCUUGAUUUUAGGAGCCACGGGGAUAUACUGUCAGGGACAGAGCAGCGUGACAGACCAACAGCACUAGGACUCCAACUGUCCUUCCCUCCCCUUCCCUAGCACACAUGAGGAUAAUUCCACCAACUCUUGUCGUAAUAGCCCAAUUCCACGUGAACAGCCUUGCUAUAGGUACAACUUCUAUAGCUUAAAGAGGCAAAAUAAUUACCGAAAAGGCCAGAAUACAAAGCACAUACAGCAAUACACAUGUGAGAACUCUGAGCUAAGGAAAAGUUUGUUCUUCUAUAGAUAACUAACUAGCCUAUCACGGGGUGGCCUCUCCUAAGUGCUAGGACAAGCACUCAAGGUAUGGACUACAGGGUUUUUGUAAGCCAAAGGUGCCAAUAAGUUGCUGCAGCUGCACUGCCACAGAGGGCCCCUGCCCACCAUCCGCUCUCCUUUCUGCCCACCUGCUUUGCUGUGCAUCAUCUCCAGUCUUUCUACAAGCAGGCAGGAUGCACCUUAUAGUCAAAUAACCAGCUUUGAGUUUCCAAUAAUAAAGGAAGCUUCUCCGUUAGUCUUCUUGGCUAACUCAGCAUCCCACUGGUCUUAACGUAUUUUCCUGGUUAAAACUCCUUAUGCUUUAGGAGCAUAAAUUUCAAAGGAGGAAAUAAAUAUUUAAUCCAUUUGGUUCCUAUGUAGGAAUAAAUAAAGGCCAGAAGAAAACUGCAGCAAAAUGAAGAAGGUAUACCCAACCCUUGUGAACCUGUCCGGUGCGUGUGUGCUGGGUCACUCAGUGGUUUCCAACUCUUUGAGACCCCAUGGACUGCAGACCACCAGGCUCUUCUGACUGUGGGAAUUCCCAGGCAAGAAUACUGGAGGGGGUUGCCAUUUCCUCCCCCAGGGGAUCUUCCCGACCCAGGGAUAGAACCUGCAUCUCUUGUGCCUCCUGUAUUGGCAGGCAGAUUCUUUACCACUGCACCACAUAGGAAGCCCAUACCUGUCCAAACAUAGAAGUAAACAAAAAAAGUCGACAUGUCCCAAAAUGCAUUUUAUGGACUAAGUAGAGAAUGUGUGUGUUCACCAGGUUUUUGGACUAUGAGGGAAACCAAGACCAAAACAACAUUUCAAGACAGAGCUGUUACUGAGAUCCAAGCCAGAGACUGGUGAAAAACAUUUAACCUCAUUCCACAGAUGAGUCUGAGGCAGACAGCAUCACUGAAGAACUUCCUCCUACUACAGCCACAAGAAAGAUACCAGAUACUGACAAGUGGCAUCCACAGCAGGAUAAAAGAAAUACAAAUUGUAGUAGGUUCAUCUGUUUUUAAAGACAAAGCUUAAAGAAGAAGCAAAUUCUGAUCCUAAGUCUUUGCUGAGUCACAGAUUAAUUUCCAGGGAUGAGCGAUGGAAGAGACAAAGAGGCCAGAUCUGCAGGUACACAGAGCUGAGCUGUUCAAGAGCCAGCAAGAGGGACAGUGUCUUGGGAAGAGGCACUGCUUGGCCCCCAGAGUUUCCCUGAGCUGCUGAGAGGAGAAGCCAGCCACAAACACGACUGCUGGUCAGGUGAUGGGUAGAGCAUUCUGUGUGGAGAGGGCAGGAGCCUAAGAAGCAGAAGAGAAACACAGGGUUAAAGGGGAAGCUGCUGGGGUAGGUAUCCAAAAGGUCAAGAAUUUACUUGAAGGCGAAACCCAGUGUCUUCUGCACCUCCCUCCUCCAGAAAUCCUUCCUCGGUCCUUCCCCCUCACCAGAUAAAUGACAAUACCCCUUUCUCCUCUUAUUUCUCUUGAGAGAACAUCCAGGACAAAGGUGAAAAGAAGCAAAGACUGAGGAAUUUCUUAUACUUUUCUUCAUUUUAACAGAUAAAAUUUCACUAAUAUGUUUACUUUUUGAAAAUUAACUUUUAUCAAAUUAAAAAUGUUCUUUUCCUGCCUACUUUCCUAAUAGUAUUUUUAUCAUUGAUCAAUAUUGAAUUUUAUUUAAUGCUUUUUUAGAUGAUCAUUUUUUCCUCCUUUAAUUUAUUAAUGUGGUACCUCAGAUUAGUAAAUUUUUAAUAAUUGGGCUAUCUUUGCAAACUUCAAAUGAAGAUCAAUAUGUAUUAUAGCAACCAUGGACAUAUUUACAAAACUAAAAUAUGUUGUUUU